AUGGCCGACCCACUCCUUCCCGAUUACUGGGCGGCGAAAGAAGACUGCGUGGUUUGCGGCGGAACCGACUACCAGCCGGGCUACGGGCCGCGCACCCUCGUCUUCUGCGACUGCUGCUUGGGCGGGGCCGCGACGCAUAUCGAGUGCUGGCACGCGCAUAGCGGCGAGCUGCUGACCGAGGAUCGCCUGGCCUCGCCUGCAUUCCAGUGGUUCUGCUCCGAGGCGAGUGCUGGUGUCAGGCGGAGCGGACCGCAGCCCGCCGCCGCCGCCGCGGCAGGCUCGCCGCCGUCGCCGCCGCUGCCUGUGCACGCCCUGCUUCUGCUGAAGCAGAGCACCCGGCCGCCUCCCGCAUGCUGCGCGCAGGGCUGCAAGCGGGUUAGUGAGCGCCUGGUGGAGCUGACUGGCGUGCCACGGCCGGUGCAGGAGGCCGGCGGCGGCGGCAGCGAGUACAGCGUGGAGCUGGUGCGCUGGUCGGAGCGGGACAAGGGCGCCCAGAAGACGGUGGGGCACGCACGCAGCAUCUUCAACUCCGCGUUCGCGCCUCUGGUCAUGGACAACGGCAAGAACCUGAUUGACAUGGUGUGCGAGGCUUACGAGUCUCCUGAUCCCGCCAUGUCAGCGCCAGGUGGCGCCCCAGGGGCUGGCUCCAACGGCGGCGGCGCCGGCGGCGCAGAGGAGGAGGAGGAGCAGCCUCCGGCAGAGUACAAUUUCAGCACCUUCCGCGUGCUGCUGCUGCGCAAGCGGGGCAUCGUGGUCAGCGCUGCCACGGUGCGCGCCUUUGGCACGCGAUUCGCCGAGGCGCUGGAGGGCCUGCUGCUGGGCGCGGGGGUGCGCCACCUUGUGGUGCCCGCCAUGCGCUCCGUGCUGCCCAUGUGGCUGCGCAAGUUUGGGUACCGCCAGUUCAGCGAGGAGGAGUGCCGGGUGGUGGAGGAGCGCAUCGUCAUGCCAGACCCAGCCAGCGCCAGCCUGGUGCACAAGCUGCUGGAGGCGCCGCCAGAGGCGGCGGCGGCGGCUGCAGGGGGCGGCAGGACGGGCGGGGCGGGUACCAAGCCCAAGGUGAGCCGCACCGUGCGCUUCGGAGUGGUCAGCUACGCAGAGUCAUCAGACGAUGAGAAGGACAGCGGCGAGGCGGACGGCGGCGGCAGGCGCAAGAAGGGGCGGCGCAAGGGCAAGGGCAAGGCGGCCGCCAAGGCAGACUCGGGCGGCUCCGAUUACGAGAUGUCUGAGGAGGAGGAGGAGGGGGCGGCGGAGGAGUCGGAUGUGGAUCUGGAGGAGGAGGAGGAGGAGCAUGUCUGCCAGCGCUGCAGGCGCCGCUCCGACACCUGCAUCGCCAGCGCUGCCACAGGCGAGCCUCUGGGGGAGCGCUGA